CUGUUAUUUCAGACCAGAGAAAGUAAAAAAUCAGUAUGCGACCUUCAACUGUACAUGUCUAAUUGUUAUGUUAAUGUUGGGAUUUAUGAUCAGAGUCCCAUGAUGUUGCAGUAUCCACACACGAACCUGUGAGCGGCAGCACCGCGACCUGAAGACCUGAAAGAUGGCGGCUGGAAGUGCAGGCGUUAGCGGCCACAACAAUGGUUCAUCGCCGCGCUUGGAGUCCACUUUGGACCGUCGCUUUCAGACUGUAUCCAACACCAUGGAAUCCAUCCAGGGACUAUCCGUCUGGUGCAUCGAGAACAAGAAGUAUCACAGCUUGGUCGUGCGAUACUGGAUGAGGUGGCUGCGCAAAUCGGAUGCACCACACAGGCUUAAUCUCUUCUAUCUUGCGAAUGAUGUCAUUCAGAACUGUAAAAGGAAAAAUGCCAUAGUCUACCGCACCACAUUCACAGAUGUGCUGCCAGAAGCUAUUAAGCUCAUCAGUGCCACAAAGGAUUCUAAGGUGAACAAGGCAGUGGUGAGGAUACUGUCCAUUUGGGAAGAGAGAAAUGUCUAUUCAGAGGAGUUCAUCAGUCAGCUUAGGAACAAUUUGGUUCGGAAAGAAGAACCAGUGAAAGCUCCAGUUAGCUCCAAAUCUGCCCUGAAAUCCAAGAUUGUUGCUGAGUUUGUGCCCACGGCGUUUAUCGAGCAUCUGUCCAAGUACAGGACAUCCAUGGAUGAGAUUGAGCUCAAAGAGAAACAGUUAGCGGCAAUGAGAGUGGAUGUGUGCAGCACAGAGGCUCUAAAGAAACUGAAAGACAAGGCAGGAGGUAAAAGGUUUUCUAAAGACUUUGAAGAUGGGAGUGCAAAGCUUCAGGAGUUUGUUUCCUUUCUGGAUGGAGAGGUCAAAAAAGGCCCUCCAUUAAUGGAAGCUCUGGAGAAUGCAGACAUAUUCUAUGAGAUGCAAUAUAAAGAGGUCAAGAUUGUGGCUAAAGCCUACGAGACAUUUGCAAACCGGGUGUCACACCUUAAGCGCAAGCUCGAUUCACUGAAGUCUAUGUUGCCUGAUCCAGAUGACUCCCCCACACCCUCCCCCAUCCCCUCCCCCAUUGAAGAUGCUCCUUCGCCCACUGGUUCAGAGUCGCCCUUCCAAGCUCUGGAAAGGAUUGGUACCCCAGACCCAGAGCUGGAUGGUCAGGCGAUGGAGGAGGACUUGAUUGCUUUGGCUGAUGCUCCCAGCCCUCUCUCAUCUGUCGGGGGUUCGUCCCCACCAAGUGCUCCUUUGGGAGACAAAGACAAUCGUGAUGUAGAAGACAUGGACCUCUCGGAUGUAGAGGAGACAGAAACACCUACCAUCAUAGUUGAGGAACGUGUGGCCUCGGCUGUUGUGUCCAAACAGUCUUCUGUCACUCCAAAUGUCACAGAAUCCUUGCCAACAACUGAAUGUACUCAAACAAAGCAGAUCGACACCCCAGCAGUGACCGUUCCCUCAGCAGUAACAACAACUACUACAACAACAACAACCACCACACCAACUACACCGUCACUGCCAGUGAACCUUGCUGGUGUUGAUCUAGGCAAGAUCAGCUCCAUUCUCAGCACAAUCACAAACGUUAUGAAGAGCUCAGCUGUAGGAGUUAGUCCUGUAUCUCGGCCAUCCCCAAGUGUACCUUCUACUCCAAGCUCAACUCAAAAGACUCCCACUACUGCCCCUCCGGCUAACCCACUAGCCAGCAUCCUUUCUAGGGUGGACAUCAACCCCAACACUUUGCUCAGUGCUCUGUCUAAAACACAAACCCAUGGGGGUUUUCAGGGCCUGUCCUCUUUGCUAAACAACACGACUGCAAAGACCAUCACAUCUUCAAAUUCUGAAAAGCAAUCCCUGACAUCGCCUCUUAUAGCAGAGACUCAAGCAUCUCCUAAAGUCUUACUUGCUCCUUCUAGUCUCCCACUGGCUAGGAAUCCCUCUACUCAAGGAUGUGUGGCUCCUACGCCUAUGCAGUCCAAUAUGGAGAAUGAGAAAAUAACUCCUAGCUCUUCUCUCAACUCUACCUUUGACUCCAAGAUGGAUAACUUUCUCCAAGGUAACCCAGGGCUGAAAGGCUUUAAUUUGGGAUUUCCAUCUGUUCUGUUGGGGCCUAAAGGAACUGUUGAUAGCCCUUCAGCAAGUGCAGAUAACCUUGGUGGAACCCCUGUAAGGGAUGAAGCUGGUGCUACACCAACACAAGAUGAAAUUAUGGAUGCUCCUCAAUCAGAGCUGUUCCCGUAUCAGCAGGGGCAAUCGGUGUCUAUGACCACCACUUUAGAUGCUAAAUCAACGCGUCCACUUCCAUCUUGGCAGGAACAAAAUGCUCACACCGAUCCACAAGCUCAUACAGACAUGCACCAGAAGACCGCACCAAAAAAAGACUAUGUGCCAUCUCUUGCAGAGGCAGAAGCUAAGCGCAUUCAACGCAUUGAAGCAAUGCGUUCUUCUUCUAUGUCCAGCAACCAGCAACCUUUGAGAGAUACCGAGAAAUCCAGUGUAAUACUUCAAGAGAUGAGACAAAACUCCUUAACUCAUGAUGUGGGACCAAAUUCUAAAAUGGUGGAAGGUAGCUACGCAUAUCGAGAUGAUCAAGAGAAGCAAGUAUUGGCCAGCUCUGACGCAUAUGGUGCAGAGCGGUACGUUGCCAAAGAACCAAGACAGGAUCUUGCUGCGCCUAACUUCUUCACCACACCUCUGCCACCUAUCCCAAAGCUUCCUCCUCCACCACAAGAUUUCAUGCAUACAGCAUCUUCUUCAAGAACAAGUGGUCCUCAUGCCACCGAAGAUUUGCAGGAACCUUUCGGGGAAGCAGAACGAGGUGGUGUUGAUGGCUCCUAUGUCCCAGCAAACUCUGAUUAUGAACACAUGUCUCAUGAGGUUUCAAACAAGGAGCCUUUCCAUCCACAUGGGGAUGUGGUUUCUCACUCUGCUAAUGUACCGCACCUUGUUCCUAAAAUCCCACCGAAUGGUCCAGUGGACUACAACCACCAACAUCCACCAAGAGUACCUCUGCAGCACCCUCCAAGUAUACCCCAUCACCGCAUUGUAUCUUCUCCUCCAGUACGGGGUUACCAUGAAGCUUCAAGUCCUCCUCGACCUUUGCCUGAAGAUCCAUACUUUGACCAAUUCUACGAACAGCCACCACGUAGCCCCUCUCCCCCUCAUUACGAAAUGCACCAGAUUUCACCUCAUGCACAAGAGUAUUAUCCUGAAGAAAUACCACCUCACUACCCAGAACGCAGGGUUCCUCCUCACCUGGAGCACAGGCUUCCACCACCACGCCAUAUUCUUCCAUCUCACCCUGGGCAUUAUCCAGCUCCUAGGCCCCUUCGUAGGCCACCACCGGUCCAUCAUGAGCUGCCCUUUCCAAGAGGCAAGCGACCUGGCCCACCUUUUGGUGGACCUCCCAGAGUCAGGGGCCCCUUUUAUCCCCCUAAAAGACCUUUCUUGCCUCCACAUUACUGAAGUGUGUCUUGUGAUACUUAAGCUCAGGUGUUUAGUGCAUGCCACAGGGAGCAAGUAAAGAACUCCAAAGUGCUGUUGGGUUAUCAUCAAGACAAAGAUUGCUGUGGACAUUGACACGAAGGAGAUGGUCCUGAACACCUUCACAAGAUCACAAUUGAAAAGUGCAAAUUUAUUCAAGUAACCAAGGGGUUUGAAUCAGAUCACCAAAAACUUUUGAGCAAGAUCUGUUUCUCUGAUCUUUUCCAACACCAAGACAUGUAAAGUGUGGGCAGUUGUGCUGCAAGGUGAAGUCAAGAAGCACUGGAGCAGAGAAACGGAAAGAAUAUCUGGCAACGAAUGCUUGCGGAAUGGGAUGGAAUCUGAAGGCAAACAAAACAAGAGGUGGUUAUUCAAUUUCAUUUCAAUUUUCAAUUAAAUUUUUGUGUCUAGUUCUAUAAAAAUGUCAAAUUAAAAGGUUAAUACAAAAUGUCAUUUUCCCUCAGAGAGAAUGUGUGCGUACAUAUCUUUGGGAAACUCAAUGGUUUUUUGGAUCAUCAUUUAACUAAGGUUGAUAUGUAAUAUUUUUUUACUUCCAAAUUUAAGUUCAACUGAUGAUCAAGCUAUAUUGUUAUGCAAAGCUGGUAGUUUUGAUCUUAUUUUGUACAUAUAAUUAAAUGUACCUUAACAGGUAGUUAAGCUUCAUUAUCCUCUUUCAUGGACAAACAGCAGUGUAGAGAAAAAGUAAUCUUUACAAUUUUGAGGUAAGGUGCUGAGGUGUACAGAGACGAGCCGUUUUUGCCAACAGUGGCAGAAGAUGCAGAAGAAACAAAGUUGUCGGGCAGAAUCAUCAUGGCCUCCCUCAGUUCCCUGAGGCUUUUACUGUACUGACAUAAAUAAAGAUGUUUGGAAAAAAACACUGUGGUGGAGUGCAGUCUCAACCAUGAUGUCUUUGAGUCUUUUCAUCUCAGUUGCUUCAGUGACUGAUUUCUUUGCUCUUCAGUUUCGCGAACACCUUUCAUUCAUCAAUAAAAUAUGAUCAAAUUGUAUGCAGAGAUUUCAUUGUAGCUAAAUGGCUGCAACUCGUAUCGACUAUAUAUGACUGAGAUUUGUCCUUCACUGUCUUCUGGAACCAAAAUCAGAGGCUUUGUAUUUUUUCCAUUUCAUGUAAUUCUCAAUUAGUGUUUGAAUGGGUAAAUGAAGGCCAUUUCUAUGAUAAAUUCUAUGUAACUGCAAACUGUACAAAGCAUAGCUUGAGUUAUCAGAAUAUAAGUGUAGACCGUUAAUUAAAGGUAAAUGUUCACCUCUUCA